CUAUAGUUUCAAUGUCACUAUUUAAUUAACGUAAAACUUUACUAGAAUACAAUCAUUCUUUUGAUACCAUGACAAACUCAAGAGUAGAUGAAAAAGUUGUUCAAGCCGCUUUAAAUGAAACAGGUUUCGGCAAAUUUAACUACAAAGUAUUAAUUAUUGUUACUUUAAUAGCAAUAAAUACUGGUAUCAGUUUUGAGAAUGUCAGUUUUGUAAUCCCCGCAGCUACAUGUGAUUAUAAAAUGUCAACAAUUGCGCAGAAUGGCAUAGCAAUUAGUUUACUGAUAGGAAUGGCACUGGGUUCAUAUUUUUGGGCAUGUAUGGCCGAAACUAGCGGUCGGAAAAUAAGUUUAAUUUAUGGUUUACUUUUGGAUGGCUGCUCAAAUGCUCUAGCUUCUGUUAUAUCAAAUUACUAUGGAUUCGUAAUUUGUAAAUUUUUCAAUGGAGUCGGUCAAAGUGCAGAAUUUACAGUAAUCUUUGCUUAUCUUGGAGAAUUUCAACCUGAUCAAUAUAGAGACAGGAUGCUUAGUUGGAUAGAAUUUCCUUAUAUUUUUGGGACUAUUUUGAAUACAGGGAUCAGCUGGAUUAUUAUUCCAUUGAAAUUCAGUUUUAUAAGUGAAGCUACUUAUUUUUUUUUUAACCCCUGGAACUUGUAUAUUUUAAUAUGUGCGCUAGUAGCAUUUUUUGCCGCAUUUUGUUUGACUUUUCUACCAGAGACUCCUAAAUAUCUGGCCGAAACUGGACAAUAUACUCAGUUGAUGCAUGUCCUUUGUCAAAUGUAUCGUCAAAAUACAGGAAAAUCAGAUAAAAAAUAUAUACAAUGUUUGAAAACACUAAAUGAUCCAGACAUAAAUGAUUUUUUAUCAAAAAUAAAAUUAUCAAAUGAAACGAUCGGAAAUGAAUCCACUUUUUCCAAGAAAUUUAUUAAAUUUAUCAAACAAGUCAAGGAAAUUAUGAAGCCACCUUAUUUGAAUAGAACGUUGAUUAUUUGUGUAUCAACGUACGGUACUUCGUACUCACUUUCUCUCAUAAUGAUAUGGAUUCCCGAAAUUUUCGAAAGAUUUGCAAUGUUUGAAGAAAAAUAUCCUAACAUGACUGCAAGUGUCUGCCUUGUUUCAGAAACACUAUAUUCAACAAAUGCUACGCUAAAAAAUGGUUUUGAUAGUUAUGCCUGUCCAUAUGAAAUAGACCAUACGGUCUAUCUACGUACGAUAAUAUUAUGCCUUGCAGCCGUACCCGCAGCAGUCUGGUUACCACUUUUUAUUGAUAAACUCGGAUAUAAGUUUUACCUCAUUUCAUCGAACUCAGUUAUUGGAUUUCUUUACAUCGGACUAUUGUUUGUUAAAAAUUCAUCACAAAAUCUUAUUCUCUCGUGUUUUAUUAACGCGCUAGGAUUCGGUGAUUAUAUAAUUGAUUGUAUGUUAGUUAAUUUAUAUCCGACUCAUCUCAGAGUUAUUGCGUCUUCGCUUAUUGCGUUUGUUGGGUAUAUAGGAAAUUUAGUGAGCAUUUUUAUGGUUGGUUAUCUAAUCGACAGUCAAUGUAUAUUGUUAAUAAUAUUAAUAAGUACUCAUAUUGGAGUGGCAACUAUUUUUGCAUUUUUUAUUCCUACUGAAAAAACAAAAUUAAUCAAAUGAUUCAAUGGAUAUGGAAAAAUUGUACAUACUGAACCAGGGGUGCUGUUAUUAAUAUUUAGUACAUUUUAAGCUAACCCUUAAUUACUGGCCCGGGGUCAAAGCUGGUGCGAGCAAAAAUGUAAUUUUUUUGGUGCGAGUAAUUUAGGAAAAAAAAAAAACAUUCAAGUAUUAUAAUUAUUGUUAAUUCCAUUAUGCUACAUGACUAUAUAUACUUAUAAAUUUACUGCCGUUUUUCACAUAAUACUUGAUUUAUUUAUCUCGAUAAAUAAAUUCACCAUAUUUACAGACUAAAUAUAAAAUAUGUGUUUUAUUGCUUGUAUAAAUUUUCUGUACACGUUACUCUAUAAUACAAAAUGGGACGAAAUGACUACCCCAAAAUUUUACGUGUAAACAAUUUUCUUUUGAAAUGUUCGGUAUUUUUAUUCCUUUGGAGAAAUAUGGCUGCUCCGAAUUUUACUAUAAAAUUAUUUUUCUACACUCGGAUAAAGAAAUUUAUUUAUGAUUAUACAUAAGUAUACGCGAUUAAUAUCUAAUUAUAUAUAAAUAUAUAAUAACAUGAAAUUUUAUGUUCAAUUACAAGAAAUGUAUUAGAUUUGAAAGCCCGAAUUUAAAAAUUUGGUGUAAAGUACAUCCAUUUUAAAAGGCAAAAAGCCCCUUUAAUGUCUUCUUAAUCUCUGAAAACUGUGGUAGGUAAAAUAUGAAUAUAAGUAGUAAUGUAUAAUUACAUAUAAUUUUUUUUACCCGUAUACAGAGAAAAAUUCACGCUAAUAAUUACAAUAUAGUAUGGAAAUGGUUCCUAUAUCGUGCACGG